AUGUUCGGAAAACACUACGUCUCCCUCUCGCAGGACGAAGACGCUGCUGAGAAGGGACCUUUCCAACACACGAUUCGACAGACCUCGUGGCAAACAGGAGCUGUACUCCUGCUUUCCCUGUCACUACUCACAUCACUGGCUCUGAACGUCCACUCAUACAUCAGGCUGCACCAUGUCUCGCGACCAGACAGGUUCGAAACGAAGUUUGCCGGUCUAAGCUAUGACGUUCCCAAGACAAUAGAAUACCAUAGCCGAUUCAACAAUCCGAACCGAACGGAAGAAGAUGCAGCUUGGAAUUCCGAACUUGUAGACCAAACCACUCUGGUGGUUGCUCUCGACGACUCGUUUACUGAGUCCCGGGGCGUCUUGCACUCCAUGCGUUGGCCGUGGGAUUCGAAGAAGGGCGUUUAUACGUUGAACAGUGCGCACGAGCUACAUUGCCUGCAUCUGCUCCGGACGACUGUGAAUCAAGCCUACGACGGCGAGUCGCCGAAAUGGCCGCGAAAGCACUCGGCGCAUUGCUUGGAAUACAUCCUGCAGAGCAUCAUGUGCAAUGCUGACGAUACGCCGCUGUACCAGGGACUCCUUCACAGGAACCGUCACGUAGACCAUCCCUUGGGCGGUCUAGGAGACACUCGCCAGUGCCGCGACUGGACCAAGUUGCAAACGUGGGCUAAAGAGCACAGCGCUUGUUACGAUCCACUGCAUCGGGAAAAUGACACUGACUUGCCGGAGAUUGAGAGGUAUAAAUUUUGUCCAGAUGGGAGCAAACCAUGGGAGAAGCAGCUCAGUAGUGGAUGA